CACCAGCUGACAACCAGGAGGGUCAGCAGCAUGCUGGGGCUGCUGGAGAGAGUUGAGAGCAGCUAUGUGCCAGCCUUCAAGGCCAUGCUCAUGGACGUGGAGGCAGCUCUGAAGGAAGCUCAGGACAUUCAGCUACACCUGGCACCUCUCAGGAGGCACCUGGAGGCCAUAGAGACUGUUGAGUUCAGCAAGGUGAAGCCUCUCCUGGUGCCCCUGCUCCACGUGGUGUGCUUGCUCUGGGUCACUUGCAAGAGCUACAGGGUGCCCAUGAGGAUAGCUGUGCUGCUCCAGGAGAUCUGCAACCUCCUCAUCCAGCAGGCCCAAGUGUACCUGGCUCCAGAAGAGCUUCUGAAAGGGGAGGUGGAAGAGAGCCUGGGCAAGGUGCAGAUGGUGCUCAGCAUCCUGAAUGGGUUCAAAGAGUCCUUUGAGGAGAGGAGGGAACAGCUGCACACCUACUAUGAGCCAGGCCAAGAAGUGAGGCUCUGGGACUUCCCUGCCACCAUGGUGUUUGCCAGGCUGGACAGCUUCCUGAGGAGGCUGCAGAUGGUGGAGGGGCUCCUGACCACUGCCCUGGACCUGAUGAAGCUGGAGAAGCUGGAGUUCAGUGGGGUUAAAGGGAAGGCCCUGGGCCAGCAGGUGCAGGAGAUGUGUGAGGAGUUCCAGGAGGCCUACAGGGUCUUUGCAGAGCGAACCUACAACUGCCUGGACCUCACCAACCUGGACUUUGAGCAGGACACCUUUGCCUUCCAGCAGAAGGCAGCAGAGCUCGAGGGGCGCCUGGGCACUGUCUUCAGCCAGGCUUUCAACGAUGCCUCAGACCUGGAGCACACCUUCAAGGUGCUGGAGAUGUUUGGCAGCCUGCUGGAGCGCCCAGGGGUGGCUGCAGAUGCUGCUGACAGCUACUCUGUGCUGCUCCACAGGCUCAGCAGUGCCCUGGACCACGCUCAGCUGCUCUACUGCAGGCAGAUGAAGGCUGAGCUGGAGCUGGGCCGUGCCCCUGUGCACAGGAACAUGCCCCCCGUGGCGGGAGCCCUGCGCUGGGCGGCGGAGCUGCGCGCCCGGAUCCGGCUGCCCCUGUGCCGCCUGAGGAGCCUGCCGCGGCGCUGCCUGGAGCCUGCUGAAGCAAGAAGGGUGGUAGAGAAGUGUGAAGGACUGAGCCAGCUGCUCGACAGGUAUCAGGAAAAGCUCUUCAUGAACUGGUCCCAGACAGUCUCUGAGAGGUCUCAGUACAACCUCACUCAGCCUCUCCUCCGCAGGGACCCAGACACCAAACUGCUGGCAGUGAAUUUUGACCCCCAGCUGGUGUCAGUGCUGAGGGAGGUGAGGUACCUGUCUGGGAGCCAGCUGGGAGCCAUCCCCCCUGCUGCAGCAGACAUCUACUGCUGCAAGGAGUCCUACCGGGAGCUGGUGGCCAAGCUGGAGCUGAUGGUGAGCAGCUACAACAAGGUCCUGAGGACAGUGCUGGAGGUGGAAUACCCUCUCAUCCAGGGCCAGCUGCAGGACAUUGACUUGAAGCUGAAAGAAGCAGAAGAAAGCCUGAACUGGAAGAUGGAGGGGGUCUGGGAUCACAUCUCCAGGGUGGUGGAUGCUAUCCAGGACCUUGAGCAGAGGACACAGAGAGCCAGAGACAACGUGGAGGAGAUCCAGACCACGGUGCAGUCGUGGGUGGCACCCAUCCUUGAGAGGAAAGACUCCAAAAAGGAGUCCCUGCUGAGCCUUGAGGACUGCCAGGGCCAGCUGGAGAGACACUACAGCCUGGUCAGGGAGUCAGGGCAGAGGAUUCACUCACUGCUGAAGGAAAACCAGAGCCUCUUGCUGGCAGACCCAGCAUCUGACAUCUGGAAGGCCUAUGUGGAGUACUUGGAUGAGAUAGUCCUGGAUGGAUUCUACAGUGCCACUGAGUGCUCUCUCAAGUACCUCCUGGAUAACACAGAUCCCGAGGCAGGGCUUGCUCCCCUGUUCGAGGUGCAGCUGGACUUGGUGGAGCCAGAGCUGGUUUUCCAUCCCUCCUUGGACCCUGGUGCGAGCGAUGGCUUCUAUGAGAUGAUGGAAAGCCUCCUGGCCGGCAUCUACCGCAGCUCCUCGCUGGUGCCGCGGCUGGCCCAGCACAGCGGCUGCCCGCACUACCAGGCUGACGUGGAGGCCAUGCCGGAGCUGGCGGCGCUGCGGCGGGCGCUGCUGGCCCGGGUGCAGGCCGCGCUGGCCGCCUGCAGCCGGUACCGCGGCAGCCUGCAGCGCUUCGCCGCGCUCUGCGCCGAGGGGCGCGGGGAGGCCUGCGGGCAGCUCCCGCCGCGGGGCCGCGUGCCGGACGCCGCGCGAGCCGAGGCCCCGGCGCGGGAGGCGCUCCCGGCGGCGCCGCCCGGCCUGCGGCACUGCGAGGAGCAGAUCGAGUCCUGCGAGAGGGUGGCCCAGGAGGUGAGCGGCAUCCAGGCCUGCAGCGUCUGCCAGGGCUGGCUGCGGCUGGACGCGCGGCCGCUCAAGCGCUCCCUGCUGAGCGCCGUCCGCAGGCGCAGCCUGGUGUUCAAGCAGCAUCUCGUGGACCACGUCACACACAGCUUGGCUGACCUGGAGGAGUUCAUCAAAACUGCUGACAAGGGUUUGAGCAAGAAGGUAGAAAAAGGAGACUCUGAUGGCUUGGUGGAGGUCAUGGGGCACCUCCUGGCUGUUAAAGAAAGGCAGAGUGUCACUGAUGCCAUGUUUGAGCCCCUGAAGCAAACCAUUGAGCUGCUGAUGUCCUAUGAGCAACCACUGCCAGAGGAGGUCUACAGACAGCUGGAGGAGCUGCCAGAGCGGUGGAGCAGCCUGAAGAAGCUGUCCCAGGGGGUGAAGCAGCAGGUGGCUCCGCUGCAGGCCAGCGAGAUGGCCGCGGUGCGCCGCAGCGCCGCCGCCUUCGACGCCCAGCAGCAGAGCUUCCGCCAGAGCUUCCGCACGGAGGCGCCGUUCAGGUUUGACACCCAGAAGCCUUAUGAGCUGCUGGAUGCCAAGCAGGUGGAGAUUAAAGCAAUGGAGGCAGCCAUGGGCUCCAUCCAGGAAGCAGCUGGGCUCUUUGAAGUCAUGGUGCCAGACUACAAACAGCUGAGGCAGUGCAGGAAGGAGCUGUGUCUGCUCAAAGAGCUCUGGGACAUGAUCUCCCUUGUCAACACCACCCUUGAGGCCUGGCAGACCACCAAGUGGGCGGCAAUCGACGUGGAGAGCAUGGAUCUGGAGUGCAGAAGGUUUGCCAGAGAGCUGAGGAGUCUGGACAAGGAGGUGAGGGGCUGGGACGCCUUCAGCGGGCUGGACGGCAGGGUGAGGAACACGCUGCGGGCGCUGCGGGCCGUGGCCGAGCUGCAGAGCCCCGCCAUCAGAGACAGGCACUGGGGCCAGCUGGUGCAGCUGACAGGGGUGAGCUUUGUGAUGGACUCCACCACCACCCUGGCUGACCUCCUGCGGCUCAACCUGCACGACUUCGAGGACGAGGUGCGCGGCAUCGUGGACAGGGCGGCGCGGGAGAUGGGCAUGGAGAAGGUGCUGGGGGAGCUGCAGCUGACCUGGGGCUCCAUGGAGUUCCGCUAUGAGCCUCACCCCAGGAGCGGCGUCCCGCUGCUGAAGCCGGAUGUGGAGCUCCUGGAAACCCUGGAGGACAACCAGGUGCAGCUGCAGGGCCUGCUGAGCUCCAAGGGCAUCGCUUUCUUCCUGGAGGAGGUGGCCGGCUGGCAGCGGAAGCUGGCCGCCGCCGACUGCGCCAUCGGCCUCUGGUUCCAGGUGCAGCGCGCCUGGGCUCACCUGGAGAGCAUCUUCCUGGGCUCAGAAGAUAUACAGACACAGCUGCCCCAGGACUCCAAACGCUUCGAGGGGAUCGAUGUGGACUUCAGAGAGCUGGCCUGGGAGGCCCAGAGAACCCCAAACGUGCUGGAGGCCACCAGCAAACCUGGGCUGUCCCAGCAGCUGGAGGACAUUCAGAGCAGGUUGUUGCUGUGUGAGAAGGCUUUGGCUGAGUAUUUGGACAUGAAGAAGUUGGCCUUCCCCAGGUUCUACUUCAUUUCUUCUGCAGAUUUAUUGGAUAUCCUCUCCAAUGGCACCAACCCCCAGCUGGUUCAGAGACAUCUUCCCAAACUCUUUGACAGCUUGGCCAGGCUGGAAUUCCAGCUGGAUUCUGAGCAGAAGCCAACCAAGGUCGGGCUGGGGAUGCACAGUGGAGAGGAGGAGUACGUCAGCUUCAGCCAGCCCUGCGACUGCAGCGGCCAGGUUGAGGUCUGGCUGAACCAUGUGCUGGACAGCAUGAGGGCCACAGUGAGAGCCCAGAUGGCAGAAGCUGUCAUGGCUUAUGAAGAGAAGCCAAGGGAGCAGUGGCUCUUUGACUACCCUGCCCAGGUGGCCCUCACCUGCAGCCAGAUCUGGUGGACCACCGAGGUUGGGAUCGCCUUCAGCAGGGUGGAGGAGGGCUAUGAGAAUGCCAUGAAGGAGUACCACAAGAAGCAGGUGGCCCAGCUGAACAGCCUGGUGACCAUGCUGCUGGGACAGCUCUCCAAGGGGGACAGGCAGAAGAUCAUGACCCUGUGCACCAUCGACGUGCACGCCAGGGACGUGGUGGCCAAGAUGAUAGCGCAGAAGGUGGACAGCGCCCAGGCCUUCCUGUGGCUGUCCCAGCUGCGGCACAGGUGGGCAGAGGAGGAGGGGCACUGCUAUGCCAACAUCUGUGAUGCCCAGUUCCUGUACUCCUACGAGUACCUGGGCAACACGCCGCGGCUGGUGAUCACCCCCCUGACCGACAGGUGCUACAUCACCCUGACCCAGUCUCUGCACCUCACCAUGAGCGGAGCCCCCGCGGGCCCUGCGGGCACUGGCAAGACCGAGACCACGAAGGACUUGGGGCGAGCCCUGGGCAUCAUGGUCUAUGUCUUCAACUGCUCUGAGCAGAUGGACUACAAGUCCUGUGGGAACAUUUACAAAGGCCUUGCCCAGACAGGAGCCUGGGGCUGCUUUGAUGAAUUCAACAGGAUCUCAGUUGAGGUCCUGUCUGUGGUGGCUGUGCAGGUGAAGAGUGUGCAGGAUGCACUCCGGGAGAAGAAGAAAUCCUUCACUUUCCUUGGGGAGGAGAUCAGGCUGGUGCCCUCAGUGGGCAUCUUCAUCACCAUGAACCCUGGCUAUGCAGGGAGGACUGAGCUGCCUGAGAACCUAAAAGCUCUCUUCAGGCCAUGUGCCAUGGUGGUGCCAGACCUGGAGCUGAUCUGUGAGAUCAUGCUGGUGGCUGAGGGCUUCCUGGAGGCGCGGGCGCUGGCCAGGAAGUUCGUCGCUCUGUACCGGCUCUGCAAGGAGCUGCUGUCCAAGCAGGAUCACUACGACUGGGGCCUGCGCGCCAUCAAGUCGGUGCUGGUGGUGGCCGGCGCGCUGCGCAGAGCGGAGCCGGGGCGGCCGGAGGAGCAGGUGCUGCUGCGCUCCCUGCGCGACGCCAACCUGCCCAAGGUGGGGGGCGAUGACCUCCCGCUCUUCCUGCGCCUCCUGGCCGACCUCUUCCCGGCGCUGGAGGUGCCGCGCCGCCGCGACCCGCGCUUCGAGGCCCUGCUCCGGCAGGCGCUGCUGGACCUCCAGCUGCAGCCCGAGGACAACUUCCUGCUCAAAGUGGUGCAGCUGGAGGAGCUGCUGAGCGUCCGGCACUCCGUCUUCGUGGUGGGCAGCGCCGGCACAGGCAAGUCCCAGGUGCUGAGGGCCCUGCACAGGACCUACCAGAUCAUGAGCAGGAGACCAGUCUGGGCAGACCUCAACCCCAAGGCUGUCACCAACGAUGAGCUCUUUGGCAUCAUCAACCCUUCAACAGGAGAGUGGAAGGAUGGGCUGUUCUCAUCCAUCAUGAGAGAGCUGGCCAACAUCACCCAUGAUGGACCCAAGUGGAUGGUACUGGAUGGAGAUAUUGAUCCUAUGUGGAUUGAAUCACUUAAUACUGUGAUGGAUGAUAACAAGGUGCUGACCCUGGCAAGCAAUGAGAGGAUCCCCCUGCCCCCGAGCAUGAGGCUGCUGUUCGAGAUCAGCCACCUGCGCACGGCCACCCCUGCCACCGUCUCCAGGGCAGGCAUCCUGUACAUCAACCCCUCAGACCUGGGCUGGAGCCCUCCAGUCAGCAGCUGGAUUGACAGGAGGGAGAUCCAGGCUGAACGAGCCAACCUGACCAUCCUGUUUGACAAGUACCUGCCUGCCUGCCUGGACACCCUCAGGACGAGAUUUAAGAAGGUCACUCCCAUUCCUGAGCAGAGUGUGAUUCAGAUGCUGUGCUACCUGCUGGAGUGCCUGCUGACAGAGCAGAGCACACCUCCUGACUGCCCCAAGGAGCUCUAUGAGCUCUACUUCGUCUUCGCUGCCGUCUGGGCCUUCGGUGGAUCUCUGUUUCAAGACCAGCUCGUGGACUACAGGGUGGAGUUCAGCAAGUGGUGGGUGGCAGAGUUCAAGACCAUCAAGUUUCCCUCCCAGGGCACAGUCUUUGACUACUACAUCGAUCCAGAGACAAAGAAGUUUGAGCCUUGGUCUAAACUUGUUCCCCACUUUGAAUUUGACCCAGAAAUGCCAUUACAGGCCUGCCUGGUGCCCACCGCCGAGACGGUUCGGGCGCAGUACCUGCUGGAGCGGCUGCUGGCGCGGCGCCGCCCGCUGCUGCUGGUGGGCAGCGCCGGCACCGGCAAGACCCUGCUGCUGCAGCACAGCCUCAGCCUGCUGCCCCCACAGGCAUACCUGCUGCAGAAGGUCCCCCUCAACUACUACACCACCUCUGCCAUGCUGCAAGGUGUCCUUGAGAAGCCCCUGGAGAAGAAGGCUGGCAGGAGCUAUGGCCCAGCAGGCAGCAAGCAGCUGGUGUACUUCAUUGAUGACCUCAACAUGCCCCAGGUGGAUGCCUACGGCACAGUGCAGCCCCACACCCUGCUCAGGCAGCACCUGGACUAUGGCCACUGGUAUGACAGGAGCAAGCUGACCCUGAAGGAGAUCAGAAAUGUGCAGUAUGUGGCCUGCAUGAACCCCACUGCAGGGAGCUUCACCAUCAACCCUCGGCUGCAGCGUCACUUCUGCACCUUUGCUGUCUCCAUGCCUGGCCAGGAGGCCUUGGCCAGGAUCUACAGCACCAUCCUCAUGCAGCACCUGUCCAGUGGCAGUUUCUCAGGGGCUGUGCAGAAGUCAGCUCAGCAGCUGGUUGCCCUGGCCCUGGCCCUGCACCAGAAGGUGGCUGCUGCCUUCCUGCCCACAGCCAUCAAGUUCCACUAUGUGUUCAACCUGAGAGACCUCUCCAACAUCUUCCAGGGCCUCCUGUUCUCCAGCCCUGAGUGUGUGCAGCAGCCCCAAGACCUGGUGAAGCUGUACCUGCACGAGUCCAGCCGGGUGUACAGGGACAGGAUGGUGGAGGAGAAGGACUCUGCAGCCUUUGACAGGAUCCAGCUGGAGAUGGUGAAGAGGUUCUAUGAUGACAUGGAGGACACUCUAGAGCAGGCCAAGAGACUGAACAUCUAUUGCCACUUUGCUAAGGGUGUAGGGGAGCCCAGCUACAGGCCAGUGCCAUCCUGGGAGGAGCUGCACCAGAUCCUUGUGGAAGCCUUGGACAACUACAAUGAAGUCAAUGCUGCCAUGAACCUGGUGCUGUUUGAGGAUGCUAUGUGCCAUGUCUGCCGCAUCAGCCGCAUCCUGCAGGGGCCCCGCGGGAACGCGCUGCUGCUCGGCGUGGGCGGCAGCGGCAAGCAGAGCCUGGCCCGGCUGGCAGCCUUCAUCAGCGCCCUGCAGGUGUUCCAGAUCGCUCUGAGGAAGGGCUAUGGCAUCCCUGACCUGAGGGCAGACCUGGCGAGCCUGUACCUGCAAGCCGGUGUGAAGAACGUGGGCACCGUGCUGCUGCUGAGCGAGGCACAGGUGGCUGAGGAGCAGUUCCUGGUGCUGGUGAACGACUUCUUAGCAACAGGUGAAAUCCCUGACCUCUUCCCUGAGGAGGAGGUUGAGAACAUCAUCAGCAGCCUGAGGAGCGAGGUGAGGGCCCGGGGGCUGCUGGACUCCAGGGACACCUGCUGGAGGUUCUUCAUUGAGAGAGUGCAGCGGCAGCUGAAGGUGGCGCUGUGCUUCUCGCCGGCCGGCGGCCAGCUGCGCGCCCGCGGCCGGAGGCUGCCCGCGCUGCUGGGCUGCGUGGCCGUGGACUGGUUCCAGCCGUGGCCGCGGCAGGCGCUGGAGGCGGUCAGCCUGCGCUUCCUGCGCGACGCCGCCGCCGUGCCGGCCUCCCUGCAGGGCUCCAUCAGCCAGUUCCUGGCCCAUGUGCACAGCAGCGUCAGCCAGGCCUCCCAGCUCUACCGCAGCCGCCAGCGCCGCUACAACUACACCACCCCCAAGUCCUUCCUGGAGCAGAUCAAACUCUACCACAGCUUGCUGAGCAGAAAGGGCAAGGACCUGAAAGCAAAGAUGGAGAGGCUGCAGAAUGGCCUGGAGAAGCUGAACAGCACCUCUGCCCAGGUGGAGGAGCUGAAGGCCAAGCUGGCAGUGCAGGAGGUGGAGCUGAAGCAGAAGAACGAUGAUGCUGACAAACUGAUCCAGGUGGUGGGGGUGGAGACAGAGAAAGUGAGCAAGGAAAAGGCAGUGGCUGAUGAGGAGGAGCAGAAGGUGGCACUCAUCACCCAGGAGGUGGAGCAGAAACAGAAGGACUGUGAGGAGGACCUGGCCAAAGCUGAGCCUGCCCUGGUAGCUGCCCAGGAAGCACUGAACACCCUCAACAAGAAGAACCUGACGGAGCUGCGGUCCUUCGGGUCGCCGCCGGCGGCGGUGGGCAAGGUGCUGGCGGCGGUGCUGGUGCUGCUGGCGCCCGCGGGCAAGGUGCCCAGGGACCGCAGCUGGAAGGCGGCCAAGGGCGCCAUGGCCAGGCUGGACGCCUUCCUGGACUCCCUGCUGCGCUUCGACAAGGAGAACAUCCCCGAGAGCUGCCUCAGGGCCCUGCAGCCCUACCUGCAGGACCCGCAGUUCAGCCCCGAGCUGGUGAGCGCCAAGUCGCUGGCGGCGGCCGGGCUCUGCUCCUGGCUGCUGAACGUCCUCCGCUUCCACCAGCUGCACUGCCAGGUGCAGCCCAAGCGCCAGGCCCUGGCCGCCGCCGACGCCGAGCUGGCCGCCGCCCGCGACAAGCUGGCAGCCGUCAAGGCCAAGAUCGCUCGCCUCAGUGAGAACCUGAGGAAGCUCACAGCCAGGUUUGAGAAGGCCACAGCAGACAAGCUCAAGUGUGAGCAGGAGGCUGAGGCAACAGCCUGCACCAUCGCCCUCGCCAACCGCCUGGUCGGGGGCCUUGCCUCGGAGAAGGUGAGGUGGGCUGAGGCUGUGAAGGACUUGCAGCAGCAGCAGAGCAGCUUGUGUGGAGACCUGCUGCUGGUGUCAGCCUUUGUGUCCUACCUGGGCUACUUCAGCAGGAAGUAUCGGCAGGACCUGCUGGAGGGCAGCUGGAAGCCCUACUUGCAGCAGCUGCAGGUGCCCAUCCCCACGAGCGCCGGGCCGGAGCCCCUGGCGCUGCUGGCCGACGCGGCGGAGGUGGCAGCCUGGCAGAACCAGGGGCUGCCCGCGGACCUCACCUCGGCCCAGAACGCCUCCAUCCUGCUCAGCUGCCAGCGCUGGCCCCUGCUGGUCGACCCCCAGCUGCAGGGCAGCAGCUGGAUCAAAGCCAGGCACGGGGAGGAGCUGCGGCUGAUCCGCAUGGGGCAGGAGGGGUAUCUGGAGAGGCUGGAAGCAGCCCUGGCUGCAGGGGAUGUGGUUCUGCUUGAGAACCUGGAGGAGUCUGUGGACCCUGUGCUGGGACCCUUGCUGGGGAGAGAAACCAUCAAGAAAGGAAGGUGCCUCAGGCUUGGGGACAGGGAGUGUGACUUCAACCCCUCCUUCCGCCUGAUCCUGCACACCAAGCUGCCCAACCCCCACUUCCCCCCCGAGCUGCAGGCCCAGUGCACCCUGAUCGACUUCAGCGUCAGCAGGGAGGGGCUGGAGGAGCAGCUGCUGGCCGCCGUCGUCAGCAUGGAGAGACCUGACCUGGAGCAGCUGAAGUCAGAGCUCACAAAGCAGCAGAACAGCUUCAAGAUCACCCUGAAGAGCCUGGAGGACAACUUGCUGUCCAGGCUGUCAUCAGCAUCAGGCAACUUCCUGGGGGACACUGCCCUGGUGGAGAACUUGGAGACCACCAAGCAGACAGCUGCAGAGAUUGAAGAGAAGGUGCAGGAGUCCAAGGUGACAGAGGCCAAGAUUAACGAGGCCAGGGAGCACUACAGGCCUGCAGCUGCCAGGGCCUCUCUGCUCUACUUCAUCAUGAAGGACCUCCACACCAUCCACCCCAUGUACCAGUUCUCUCUGAAGGCCUUCAGCAUGGUGUUCCAGAAGGCCAUAGGGAGGGCAGCCGCUGCCGAGAGCCUCUCGGGGCGCCUGGAGAGGCUGCUGGACAGCAUCACCUUCAGUGCCUUCCAGUACACCACCCGAGGGCUCUUUGAGUGUGACAAGCUGACCUACACUGCUCAGCUCACCUUCCAGAUACUUCUGAUGAGUCAAGAGAUCAGCCCAGUGGAACUGGACUUCCUGCUGAGGUACCCAGCAGAGCCUGGAGCCACAAGCCCUGUGGAGUUCCUGUCUGACCACUCCUGGGGAGGAAUCAAGGCUCUGUCGGCCAUGGAGCAGUUCCGGAGCCUGGACCGGGACAUCGAGGGCUCUGCCAGGCGCUGGAGGAAGUUUGUGGAAUCUGAGUGUCCUGAAAAGGAGAAAUUCCCUCAGGAGUGGAAGAACAAAACAGCUCUGCAGCAGCUCUGCAUCCUGAGAGCCCUGCGGCCGGACCGCAUGACCUACGCCCUCAGGGAUUUUGUGGAGCAGAAGCUGGGCAGCAAGUACGUGGUGGGGAGACCCCUGGACUUUGCAGCGACCUUUGAGGAAUCAGGACCUGCAACCCCCCUGUUUUUCAUCCUGUCCCCAGGAGCUGACCCACUGAAGGAUGUGGAGAAACAAGGGAGGAAACUUGGUUACACAUUCAACAACAGGAACCUCCACAACGUGUCCCUUGGGCAAGGUCAAGAGGUGGUUGCUGAACGAGCUCUGGAGCUGGCUGCCAAGGAGGGGCACUGGGUCAUCCUGCAGAACAUCCACCUGGUGGCCAAGUGGCUGAGCUCCCUGGAGAAGCAGCUGGAGCGGCACAGUGAGGGCAGCCACCCGGGGCUGCGCGUCUUCCUGAGCGCCCAGCCCUCCCCCUGCCCCCUCAGCCACUGCAUCCCCCAGGCCAUCCUGCAGAGCUCCAUCAAGAUCACCAGCGAGGCCCCCAGCGGCAUGCAGGCCAACCUGCACCAGGCCCUGGACAACUUCAGCCAGGACACCCUGGAGCUGUGCAGCAGGGAGAAGGAGUUCAGGAGCAUCCUCUUUGCCCUCUGCUACUUCCACGCCGUGGUGGCUGAGCGGCGCAGGUUUGGCCCCCAGGGCUGGAACCGCCCCUACCCCUUCAGCACCGGGGACCUCACCAUCUCUGUCAACGUGCUCCACAACUACCUGGAGGCCAGCCCCAAGGUGCCCUACGCUGACCUGCGCUACCUCUUUGGGGAGAUCAUGUAUGGAGGCCACAUCACUGAUGAGUGGGACAGGAGGCUGUGCAGGACGUACCUGGAGGAGUUCAUUAAGCCAGAGAUGAUGGAGGGAGAGCUCCUCCUGGCCCCAGGAUUCCCCCUCCCGGGCACCAUGGACUACAAUGGCUACCAUCAGUACAUCGAUGCAGCCCUGCCUCCGGAGUCUCCUCACCUCUACGGCCUCCAUCCCAACGCUGAGAUUGGUUUCCUCACCCAGGCCUCGGAGAAGCUCUUCCGCGUGGUGCUGGAGCUGCAGCCGCGCGGCGGCGGCCAGGGGGACGGAGGAGAGGGCACCAGGGAGGAAACGGUGAAAGCUCUCCUGGAAGAGAUGUUAGAGAAACUGAUGGAUGAGUUCAACAUGGCAGAGCUGAUGGCAAAGGUGGAGGAGAGGACUCCCUACGUGGUGGUUGCCCUGCAGGAGUGUGAGCGCAUGAACCUCCUCACCAGCCACGUCAGGAGCUCGCUGCAGGAGCUGGACCUGGGGCUGAAGGGGGAGCUGACCAUGACAAGUGAGAUGGAGAGCCUGCAGAAUGCCCUCUUCCUGGACAUGGUGCCCGAGGCCUGGCUGAGGAAGGCUUACCCCUCCACCGCCAGCCUGGGCAGCUGGUUUGCCGACCUCCUGGCCCGCAUCAAGGAGCUGGAAGCCUGGACGGGAGACUUCUCCUUGCCCUCUGCAGUGUGGCUGGCUGGGCUCUUCAACCCCCAGGCCUUCCUGACAGCCAUCAUGCAGUGCACAGCCCGCAGGAACCAGUGGCCUCUGGACAGGAUGACCUUGCAGUGUGAUGUGACCAAGAAGAGCAGAGAGGACCUUGCCGGCCCUCCUCGGGAGGGAGCCUACGUCCAUGGGCUCUGCAUGGAGGGAGCUCGCUGGGACGCACAGGCCGGGCUCCUCAGGGCUGCCAGGCUGAAGGAGCUGUGCCCAGCCAUGCCUCUCAUCUUCCUCAGGGCCACCCCUGCCGGCAAGGCAGAGCCCUGCAGCCUCUACCCCUGCCCUGUCUACAGGACGCGCCAGCGGGGCCCCACCUAUGUCUGGACCUUUCACCUGAAGACUAAGGAACCUCCUUCCAAGUGGGUGCUGGCUGGGGUGGCACUGCUGCUGCAGGGCUAGGCUCAGAGCAGCUCAGUGCCAGAUCCCAA